UGCAUGUCCAUAGCAACAUAACUCAAAGUGUAGUACUAGAAAGCUAAGUAUGAGUGAACUAUGGGCACAACUAGGCUCUAUACUAGCCACCAUAAUGUUCAUGUAUGCCAUAAUUGAACGUUUUUUACCAUCUUCAUUUCGUGAUAGUCUUCAAAUCUAUUCACAAAAAGUAAUAACCCUUUUUUACCCUUACAUUCAAAUCACUUUCCAUGAAUUCUCAGGUGAAAGACUCAAAAGAAGUGAAGCAUACACUUUCAUACAAACCUACCUAAGUGAAAACUCAUCCCAACUAGCCAAAAGACUCAAAGCAGAAGUCAUAAAAGAUAGUCAAAACCCAUUGGUUCUUAGCAUUGAUGAUGAUGAAGAAGUCACCGAUGAAUUUCAAGGUGUUAAGCUUUGGUGGGCUGCAAUCAAAAUUGAAACUUCAUCACAUGGUUUUUCUUCCUUCUCUAAUUAUAAGAGAUACUAUAAACUCACUUUUCAUAAAAAGCAUAGAGAUUUGAUUACAAUUUCUUACAUCAAGCAUGUUUUGAAAGAAGGGAAAGAAAUUGCGAUGAGAAAUCGGCAAAGGAAGCUUUAUACGAAUAAUCCAAGUAGUGGUUGGUAUGGUUACAAACAAUCAAAAUGGAGUCACAUUGUUUUUGAACAUCCUGCGACUUUUGAGACACUUGCCUUGGAAAAGAAGAAAAAAGAUGAAGUUAUUAAAGAUCUUUUGAAGUUUAGAAAUGGUAAGGACUAUUAUGCAAAAAUCGGUAAGGCUUGGAAACGCGGUUAUUUACUUUAUGGUCCUCCAGGAACAGGUAAAUCUACUAUGAUAGCCGCUAUGGCGAAUUUCAUGAACUAUGAUGUUUAUGAUCUUGAAUUAACCGCGGUUAAGGAUAAUACCGAGUUAAGAAAGUUGUUAAUUGAGACUUCUAGUAAAGCUAUUAUAGUUGUUGAAGAUAUUGAUUGUUCACUUGAUUUUACUAGCCAAAGGAAGAUUAACAAAAAUGAAAAAAAUGAUGAAGAAGACUCAUUCAUGGAACAAAAAGAUUAUUAUCAUAGGAAAAAAGAGGAAGAAGAAAAUAACAGUAAAAAUAGUAAGGUAACUUUAUCUGGUUUAUUGAAUUUUAUUGAUGGAAUUUGGUCCGCGUGUGGAGGGGAGAGGAUUAUAAUUUUCACGACGAAUUUUGUGGAGAAACUUGAUCCAGCUCUUAUUAGGACAGGAAGGAUGGAUAAACACGUUGAGUUAUCUUAUUGUUGUUUUGAAGCUUUUAAGGUUCUUGUUAAGAAUUAUUUGGAUAUUGAGUCACAUUAUUUGUUUGAUGAAAUUGGUGAUUUGUUGGAAGUUAUUAAUAUGACACCUGCUGAUGUUGCUGAGAAUUUGAUGCCUAAGUCUGUGAAUGAAGAUGUCGAGACUAGUUUGAAGAAUUUGAUUCAAGCACUUGAGAGGAAGAAGGUGGAAGAACAAGAAGUAGAAGAAGACAAGGAAGAUAGUGUAGGAAUUGUGGAAGAUGUGAAGGAAAAUGGUUACAUUGUGAGUGUGAAAAAUAAUAUGCUUUUGUGAUGGAGAUAUAUUGUUACAAUGUGGUUGAAACAUCUAUUUAGUAACAUUAUUAGGAGUUGAAAUGUGUAUUUGUUUCUUUUGAUAGGUAGUUUAUUGUGUUUGUAGAUCUAAAUGUUCUCAUAUAGCUCAAUUUGUUGUGAAAUCAUCUAUUAUUCAAAUAUGUUAUAUUAAUUUGGAUGUUAAAAAGUAA